CUCUGAGGAGGGAAGAAUAGAGUUGCUGCCGCAGACCCAUCAGAUUCCCUACUGGUAACAGCUGGAGUGCGUCACCUCUGACAGAAUUCUGGGGACGCUGUGUACCCUGAAUCACCAUGGGCAAUGAGAACAGCACCUUGGACAACCAGAGGACUUCAUCAGCUCAGACUCCAAGGUCCACACAGCCACCGGGGAAUAGUCAGAAUAUAAAAAGGAAGCAGCAGGACACGCCUGGAAGCCCUGACCACAGAGACACAUCCAGGGUUGGCAGCGUUGGGCUUGGAGGCUUCUGCACUGCUUCUGAGAGUUCUGCCAGCCUGGAUCCAUGCCUUGCGUCCCCAGAGGUGACUGAACCAAGGAAGGACCCACAGAGAGCCAGGGGGCCAGAAGGUUCUUUACUGUCCAGCCCACCACCACCCCAGGAGCGAGAGCACCCCUCGUCCUCCAUGCCCUUUGCCGAGUGUCCCCCAGAAGGUUGCUUGGCAAGUCCAGCGGCGACACCUGAAGAUGGUCCUCAGACUCAGUCCCCCAGGAGGGAACCUGCCCCAAAUGCCCCGGGGGAGGUCACGGCAGCAUUUCCCGCUGAGAGGGACAGCUCUACUCAAGACCAAGAGGUUGCUGCCAUCCCCAGUGCUGGAAGAGAGAGAGAACCGAAGGAAGAGAGACAGAAAUCCUCCUUCUCCUUCUCCAGUGGCACUGACCAGUCACCUGGAAUGCCACCAGUACCCCUCACAGAGCCAGUGAAGGCACCGCUGUGUGGAGAGGGGGACCUGUGUGGAGAGGGGGACCAGCCUGGUGGUUUAGAGUCCCAGGGGAAAGAGGUUGCAGGUGGCUUCCCCCCUGCAGAGUCCAGGCAGGGGGUGGCUUCUGUGCAAGUGGCCCCUGAGGCCCCUGCUGCAGCCCAGCUGGGCACAGAAAGCUCAACUGUCUUGGAGAAGUCCCCGCUAAAACCCGAGGCCCUGAUCCCACAAGAUCCAGCCCCAACAGCCUCAGACAGAGUAACAGGCCAAGGGGAAGUGCCACCUCAGUAUUUAACAGAUGACUUGGAAUUCCUCAGGGCCUGCCAUCUCCCUAGGAGCAAUUCAGGGGCUGUCCCAGAAGCCGAAGUGAAUGCCACUUCCCAGGAGAGCUGCCAGCAGCCAGUGGGAGUACAUCUGCCACACACAGAGUUGCCCCGGGACUCGCCAAGUCCUGCCCUGGUGCCAGGGGCUGGGGGCUCUGGGAAAGAGGCUUUGGACACCAGUGAUGUUCAGGGUCACCCACAGAUAGGGAUGCAAGGAACCGAGCCCAGUCAAGUUGUCUGUGUGGCAGCAGGUGGCCGACCUGAAGGGGGUUUGCUUGUGAGCCCUGAACCCUCCCUGCUCACUCUGACUGAGGAAGCACAUCCAGCUUCCAGCCUCGCUUCACUCCCAGCUGCUCAGAUUCCUAUUGCCAUAGAAGGACCUGGAUCACUGUCCAGGGAGUCAGUUUCCAAGGCCGGGAUGCUAGUUUCUGCAGAUGCAGCCAAAGAGGUGGUGGAUGCAGGGUUGGUGGGACUGGAGAGGCAAGCAUCAGAUCUUGGAAGCAAGGGAGAGCAUCCAGAAGGGAGCCCUGGAGAGGUUCCUGCCCCAUCACCCCAGGAAAGGGGAGAACACUCGAACAUGGAGCAAAGCCAUGUAGUCCAACAAGGAGUACCACCCCCUCCUCUUCCCAAUGCACCAAGUGAAAGUGCCAGAGGGCCACUGGGGCCAAGGGAUGGAGCCAAGGCCCAUGAAGAUGCCACAAGCCCAGCCGUGGCUAAAGAAGGAAGCAGAUCACCUGGUGACAGCCCUGGAGGAAAGGAGGAAGCCCCAGAGCCGCCUGACGGUGGAGACCCAGGGAACCUGCAAGGAGAGGACUCUGAGGCUUUCAGCAGCGAGUGUGAUCCGGAAGUAGGCAAAGAUGAGCUUUCAAAGCCAAGCAGUGAUGCAGAGAGCAGAGACCAUCCCAGCUCACACUCAGCACAGACACCCAGAAAGGGGGGUGCUGGGCACACGGACGGGCCCCACUCCCAGACAGCAGAGGCCGAUGCAUCUGGCCUACCACAUAAGCUGGGUGAGGAGGACCCUGUUCUGCCCCCUGUGCCAGAUGGAGCUGGUGAGCCCACUGUUCCCGAAGGAGCCAUCUGGGAGGGGUCAGGAUUACAGCCCAAAUGUCCUGCCACCCUUCAGAACAGGGAAGGAUUGGGAAGAAUGGAGCCUUUCCUGACUUUAGAACCAGAAAAAUCAGAUUUUCUGCCAACUCCUGUUGCAGAGGUUGCACCCAAAGCCCAGGAAGGUGAGAGCACAUUGGAAAUAAGGAAGAUGGGCAGCUGUGAUGGGGAGGGCUUGCUGACAUCCCCAGAUCAACCCCAUGGGCCGGGGUGUGAUGCAUCGAAACAGGAAUUUCAUGCUGGGGUGCCGCAUCCCCCCAAGGGGGAGAACUUGGCAGCAGACUUGGGACUCACGGCACUCAUCCUGGACCAAGAUCAGCAGGGAAUCCCGUCCUGUCAUAGGGAAGGCUGGAUAAGAGGAGCUGCAUCCGAAUGGCCCCUACUAUCUUCUGAGAAGCAUCUCCAGCCAUCCCAGGCAGACCCAGAGGCAUCAAUCUCUGACGUGCUCAAGGAGCAGGCCCAGCCACCUGAAAAUGGGAAGGAGACUUCUCCAAGCCAUCCAGGUUUUAAGGACCAGGGAGCAGAUUCUUCCCAAAUCCAUGUACCUGUGGAACCUCAGGAAGAUAUGAACUUGCCCACUCAUGGAGGACAGGAGCAGGCUUUGGGAUCGGAACUUCAAAGUGGACUCCCCAAAGGCACCCUGUCUGAUACUCCAACUUCAUCCCCCACUGACACGCUUUGGGAGACUUCUCCAACAGAAGAUUCAGAAUUGUCAGCACCAAUGAGACAGAAGUUGCCUGUACUAGGGGAGAAGCGGCCAGAGGGAGCAUAUGGUGAUGGUCAGUUCUCAAGGGUCUCACCUCCAGCAGCAAAUGUCUUAAAAGACUCUUCUCUUGCAGGGAACUUGAGCAGAAAGGAAACUUGCUGCACUGGGCAGGGGCCAAACAAGUCUCAACAGGCGUUGACCGAUGCCUUGGAAGAAGGCCGCCAGCAUGAAGAAGCAUGUCAAAGGGAUGCAGGAGCUUCUGAAGCAGCUGAUGGUUGUUCCUCACUCUGGGGCUUGAGUAAGAGGGAGGUGGCAAGUGGAAACACAGGGGAGGCUCCACCUUGUCAGCCUGACUCAGUAGCUCUCCUGGAUGCAGUUCCCUGCCUGCCAGCCCUGGUGCCCGCCAGUCCCGGAGUCACACCCACCCAGGAUGCCCCAGAGACAGAGGGAUGUGAUGAAACCCAGGAAGACAGGCAGCAACCAGUGCCGGCCCCGCAGCAGAAAAUGGAGUGCCCGACCACUUGGGAUGCAGAGGCCCCAGAGCUGCUUGCAAGUUUCCCAUCAGCUGGGGAGCAAGGUGGUGAAGCGGGCACUGCUGAGACUGGUGGCAGCGCCAAUGCAGGAGACUCAGGAAAGCAGCAGGCUCCAGAGAAACCCGGAGAAGCUACUUUGAGAGGUGGCUUCCUUCAGACUGAGCACUACCUUACCUCCGGGGAGGAAACUUCUACCUCUGCCCUACGUGAGCCCUGCCAAGCUGAGCAGCCCACGGCCAGCUGCCAGGAUGCCUUGCUGCUAGCCAGAGAGCUGGAUGAGAUUCCCAGGAGCACCAUGGAUAUUUCUACACACCAGGCUGUCCCAGACCCAAAGGAGUUCCUGCUGUCUGGGCCACCAGAAGUGGCUGCUCCAGACACCCCUUACCUGCAUAUCGACAGUGCUGCCCAGAAAGGAGCAGAAGACAGUGGAGAGAAAGCUGUUUCCUCUGCAGGCCCCAGAGCUCCUGGCGAAAGCCCCUGUCCUGAGCUGAAGGUGGGGAAAUCUCUGCAGUGCAAGCCAGCAGUGGCAGCCCCAAAGCCAGAACCACUGAGGGACCUGUGGACUCCAUGCCAUGCCUGA